GAACGAGAUUGACCUAUCGAAUAGUUUGACCGAGCAAAAGCAAAUGCCAUUGCCAAAUUCGUAGAUCCAUUCAUAAUUCAUAUUCACAACGACAAAGCCACAUUUGAUUGUAAACAAUUUAGAUUUUGUUUUCAUAUUAUUCUUUGAAGAAUAUUUCAAAUUGAAGAGAUACUCCUUGGACAUCCUUAAUCACUGAUUGUUAUAAUGGAAGACAUAACAAUAAAAGAAGAACCUAUGGAUGCCGAGGAGCUGAACGGUGCUAAUGUGAGUAUAAGAGACCUGUCCUAUGAUGCAAAACUGAAGUACGUGAACGCCAUAGCAAAACCAAUGGCCGAUAAAAAACUGUGCAAAAAACUAUUGAAACUUGUGAAGAAAGCGAAAGGUCACUCAAGUAAGGAUAGUCUACGACACAGCUUGAAGGACGUCCAACGACGGCUGUUGAGGAAGGAGAAGGGAAUUAUAGUGCUUGCCGGCAAUGUUUCGCCUAUCGAUCUCUACAGCCACUUUCCCAUUCUGUGUGAAGAGAACAAUGUGCCCUACUGCUUUGUCCCGACACGGGACGACCUCGGCCAGGCUAUGAGCUUCAGUCACAUGGGCCCUGUCUGUGUUCUCAUCAAGCCAGAAGCCGAUUACCAAGAACUGUAUGACGAGUGCUGGGAAAAGCUCAAACUACUUCCCACACCUGUCUGAAUCUAUGUGUGCUGUUUAACAAUUACGUUUAGUUUUUAAUUUUUUAUCAUAUUUGAUUUGAAUAUCCAAUACAUUUAUUCAGAAAACACUCAUUAUUUCAUUCAAUUGCCCACCAUUAUUAUAUUUCUUCUUUAAGAGUGAGAAGUCUUGUUGGCUUCCUAUGAAAAUCGGCCACCGGAAGUGUUGGUUUGGUUGAGGUGUCAGUCGAAAUUAUAGAAAGAAAUUUUUUCCACUUUACCUACAAGGAAAGUAUUAGCUGUGAUUCAGGUUUACGGUAUAUUUAAUUGUUGAUUCUUGUAAAUACUGAUCAAUUUCUCAAAUACAGUAUUAUAUUCACCAAGAAAAUAAAUAUUCAUGUUCUCAUGA